CUUGGAUCCUAAUGAUUCUGCGCUGCGAAAGCUUUUGCGUAUUUUAAUGAAAGCGCAAGCUUAUUUGCCGUCAGACCGUCAGGGGUCGACGUGAAUCAGUUAAAUGUAGAAAAAUAAAUUAUCGUGCAGUGGGGUGGUAUUUAAUUUUCGUUUCUAGUGUCUGCAUUCACUGAAUUAACAUCUUAACCAAGAAACAAUGGUUCUUAAAGUGGACAGUGACUCCCGUGGAGGUUCAAAACUAACCCUGGAUUCCGGUGUGUCAAGUGAAACAGACGAGAGCGAAGCCAAUCUUCGCGAAGCUUACAAACAUUUAAUGAGCUCAACGAAAGCCAGUCCACUUUCAAUAGACAAACCCAUUGUGGCCCUACAACUUUUUUCCACAGCUAUUAAAUUACACAACAUGCAAUUAGCUGAACAAUGUAUAGAAAACCUGAACAAUCUUCUAGAUAAAACUAAUGUAUUACUUAUUUUACGAUAUAUUUCCACGUGUAUAAAUGAAUCUUCAAAUCCUAACGACAUUGAACCAUCAGCUCCACCUUUGGUAGAAGACGAAUCUAAAUGUAAGGACGAAUGGGUUCAUCACCUCAUAGAUGAUAAUUUACGAAAUAACUGUUUUUCGGUGAUUGAUAGAAAUGCUGAAUAUGUUCUUAAACAAAAAGAGGUACUAGAAUUGGAUUACUGUGAUAUACUUAGUAUAACCACGAGAGAUACUUUAGAAAUUUCCAGCGAAAUAUUAGUAUAUAGCGCUAUUAUGAGAUGGUGCAUAGAAGAAUGCAAAAGAAGGACUUUAGAAACUCAAAAAUUUAAUUUGAAAGCUGUAUUGAGAGAUCUCGUAUACGCACCAAGGUACGGUCUUAUGACCAAAAAAGAGUUUCUAUGUCGCACAAUAGAUGGAGUCAAAGGCCCUGAUAGAAGCGGAAUUUUAGAUGAAUACGAAACCGAAAAAAUAUUAGAAUAUAUAAAAAAGAAAGGAGGAAGUCGCCUGCCAUAUAAAGGAGGGGAACCUAGAAAAUUUAUUUACGAUAACAAUAAUUUUCAAAAAUCGAAUAAAAAUAGCUGUUGUUCUAAAAAAUCUUCUUGUGACAAGUUCAUUAUAAACUUCCUCACCUGUUGGACAGCGGUAUUCGAUUGAAAAUGUAUUGCAUUUAAUAAAAUUUGAAGCAACUUUCAUACAGUCGAUAAAACUGUAAUCUUCGCAGAUGCUGAAUAGAAGAAAUUUGACUCUAUGCUAUGAAGAUGUCAAAGCAGCAAGCUCAAAGUUAUAUGUAAAAUCCACCUUUAAUAGCUGAAAUAUUUACCUAUGGUGCUUUUAAUACUUUUUCAUGCAUUUUUCUAUAUUUGCACUAAAUUAGAAAACAGACGGGAUCGAGUUUGUAUUUAUAAUGCAAUAAAAAAGGUCUCAAUUAUGAAUGAAUGUAAUUUUUCAAAAGAUCUCAGGAUGCAUUUGAAACUACAAAAAAGAUUUCACUGGAAAAUUAUAGAUUAUAUGGUCCUAACAUGAGCCGAAUCAGAUCUAUCACUAAUUUUAAAUCAAUUAGAUACUAUUCUAGAUAAAGUGAAAAAAAUUUAGAGCUGUCGUAACAAUAUAAGUCGAUAAGACAUGAAAUUAAUCAAUAAAUAUUAGUCAAAACAAGUCUGUAUUGAAAUUAAAAUUAUUAGAAACGAUUAGGAACCUAAAAUGAUGUUAUUUCUGCGAAUAUUUAUUUUCAAUGUACUGGGUGUAUAAAAACUCGCUCUGCUUAAAAAAAAUAACUAAUUUCCUCCCAAUUUUGGAUUAUUUGUAAAUAAUUAAAAUAGGUACCUCCAAUGCAAUGAUUUUUAGUAUGAUUUGUGAAGGCUAAUAAAUGUAUUAGACUAAAAAAAAUGUUUUCUACAUCUUUAAUACAUUUUA